AUGAGUUCUUUAGAAAAUGCAUUGAUCGGUGCAGUUGCAUCGUCAAUGGCCAAUGUGACUGUGUAUCCUCUGGAUCUCAGCAAGACGUUGUUACAAACACAAUUGAAAAAUACUUCAUUAGUGACACCACCGCAACAAUCAGAUGGCAUAACAUCUAAUGAAACUGGGGAUGAGAAAAAACCAGAGAAACCACAUUAUAAAAAUACCAUUGAUUGUAUCAUCAAGAUCUUCAAAGAGAGAGGAUUCUUUGGGUUAUACCAAGGUAUGUCUGCAUCGAUUGUAGCCAAUUUUGUUCAAACUUUCUUUUAUUUCUUCUGGUAUAACAUAGUGAGAAAUAGAUAUCUAAAGGUAAAAGUUGAAAAAAAAUUCUCUACCAUUGAGGAAUUAUCACUAGGUAUAGUAGCUGCUAUCUUGUCCCAAGUCUUCACAAACCCGAUUUCUGUCAUCUCUACAAGACAGCAGACCGCAGAGUCUGUAGAGGCAUCAACCUUCCAAAAUGUCAUCCGUCAAAUCUUGAAAGAAAGUGGUAAUGACAUCACGGCUUUCUGGAAAGGUUUUAAAGUAUCAAUGGUGUUGUCAAUUAACCCUUCCAUUACAUAUGCUUCAUACCAAAAGUUGAAGCCUCUAUUGACAAAAUCGGUGGUCUCUUCUGUCACUGGAACCACUGAUGAGCUAUCUGCUGGUCAGAACUUUGUCUUGGGUGUUGUAUCAAAAAUGAUAUCAACUAUGGUUACUCAACCUUUGAUCAUAGCUAAAACUUCAUUACAGAGAACAAAUUCAAAAUUCAAAAGUUUCCAAGAAGUCUUAUACUACUUGUAUUCAAAUGAAGGUGUGCUAUCUCUAUGGAAAGGUCUGGGUCCGCAAUUGACUAAAGGUGUCAUUGUCCAAGGUUUGUUAUUUAUGUUCAGUGGUGAAAUUACAAGACUUCUAAAAAGAGUCUUGCUGUUACGCUCCAUUGCUGGAAGGAAAUCGGUCGUAUAA